AUGGUCAUUUCACAUUCUAUCCUAUGUGGUCUUACUGAUGCGGGUUACUCGAGCUACCGUUUCACUUGGUCCAAUAAGCGAAGCAUACCUGCAUCCAUUGAGGAACGUCUUGAUUAUGCUCUCAUUAAUGAGAGUUGGAGGGCCCUUUGGCCGUGUGUGGAGGUCUCUCAUCUUCCUAGACUGAGUUCAGAUCAUAAUCCCAUCCUAGUCUCAUGCGGGCAUCGCAGAACAGAAGUUAGUCGCUCAGGCUCACGGAUGUUCAGAUUUGAAGAGGUGUGGCUACAGGAUGGUGAUGAGUGUGCAGAGAUAGUGGCCGCGAUAUGGUCUGGAGAGCAUGGGGACAUUACUGGAAAAAUUGCUAACAUUGGAGAAGCUCUUCAAGCAUGGGGGAGAGAAAAGUAUGGCGCUAUUCCAAAAAAGGUGUCAGCUAUGAAAACCCGCCUUCAGAAUCUCCACAAUAGUGUUCAGACAGAGGUGGUGGUAGCUGAGAUGAGGUCUACAGAGGCUGAGCUGGAUAAUUUGUUAAAACAAGAAGAGAUCCUUUGGAGCCAGAGGUCUAGAGCCACUUGGUUGCGCCAUGGGGACCGAAACACAAAAUUUUUCCAUCAGAAAGCGACCCAGCGCAGGAAGAGGAAUAAAAUUGAAGAAUUAGUGGAUGACGACGGGAGAAAAUGGACGGAUAUCAAUAAUAUUGCUAGGGUUUUAACUGACUAUUUCUCUCAACUUUUCAGCACGUCUAAUCCAACGGAGAUAGAGGGAGCCACUAGUCUCGUGGCAAACCGUAUCACGGAGGGCCAUUUGGCCGUUUUGAACUCCCCCUUUACUAGGGAGGAGGUGGAAGAGGCUAUCUUCCAUAUGCAUCCGACAAAGGCUCCUGGCCUUGAUGGUUUACCGGCGCUUUUCUUUCAGAAAUUUUGGCACAUACUCGGAGAUGAUGUCUCUAAUUUUUGCCUGGAGGUGUUGCACAACAUAAUUUCACCAGGUUCGAUUAAUAAAACUCUUAUUGUUUUGAUUCCUAAAAUUAAAAAAUCUGUUCAUGCAACCCAGUUUAGACCUAUUAGCUUAUGUAACGUUAUUUUUAAAAUUAUUACAAAAACUAUUGCUAAUAGGUUAAAGAUUGUCUUAUCUGAUAUUAUUGUUGGGCCUCAAAGUGCUUUUGUUCCAGGACGUUUAAUUACAGAUAAUGCACUUGUGGCAUAUGAGUGUUUUCACUUGAUGAAAAAGAAAAUGUAUGGCCGUAAUGGCAUGAUGGCUUUAAAGUUGGAUAUGUCCAAGGCCUACGAUAGGGUCGAAUGGCCGUUUCUUCAGAGUGUGCUUCAUCAGAUGGGUUUCCCUUCUGCAUGGGUGUCACUAAUUAUGGCCUGUGUGACGACAGUUCAGUUUCAGGUGAUGCUUAAUGGCAAUCCACAGGUUCCAUUUGAUCCAGGCAGAGGGUUGAGACAAGGGGAUCCCCUCUCCCCUUAUUUAUUUAUACUUUGUGGGGACGUUUUCUCUGCUCUGAUUCAAAAAGAGAUUGUUGCUUCAUCUCUUCAUGGCAUUAAGAUUGCCCGUUCGCCAUCUGCUCCUAUGAUCUCACAUCUUCUUUUUGCAGAUGACAGUGUAGUUUUUGCUAGAGCCACUAUGGAGGAAGCUCACACUAUUCGUAAUGUCCUUGCUUCCUAUGAGCAAGUUUCUGGCCAGGUCAUUAAUUUUGACAAAUCUAUGCUAUCCUGUAGCCGCAAUGUUCCUAGUCCCCGCUUCAAUGAGCUGAAAAUGCUGUUGGGUGUGAAGGCUGUGGAUAGUUAUGACAAAUAUUUGGGUUUACCCACCAUUAUUGACAUUGAGAGAAUGAUUAGCCGGUUUUACUGGAGUGGGGAUGCUUCCCGACGUGGGAUCCAUUGGCUCAAAUGGAACUCCUUAUGCAGGUCCAAGCUCGAUGGUGGGAUUGGCUUCCGUGAUUUCAAAGCUUUCAACACAGCUUUAGUAGCCAAGACUUGGUGGCGUAUUCAGAUGCAGCCAGAGUCUCUUUUGGGCCAAGUUUUUAAGGCCGUGUAUUUUCCCCGGACCACCCUGAGUGCUGCUAAGAAACAUGCGCGGCCAAGCUAUGCUUGGACUAGCAUUUCACGCACAGCAUGGGUGUUUAUGGAGGGAGCUCGAUGGAAUGUUGGUGAUGGCAAAGAGAUUGAUAUUUGGAGGGAUAAUUGGCUUCCAAGUGGAAAUCCCCUGAUUUAUCGCAAUGAUUUAGCCCAAACGGGUAAUCUAACUCAUGUUUGUCAUUUGAUGGUUCAUGAUAUGCAGGUCUGGGAUAGGGAUCUCAUCGAGCUAGUCUUUUGGCCACCCACAGCGAAGGAGAUUCUAGACAUCCCGUUACCUUGGAAGCCAUCACCUGAUGCACUAUUUUGGCCUUGGACAAUAGAUGGGGUAUACACAACCAAGACGGGCUACACUUUUAUUCGUCAACGACGCUUGCAUGAUGAGGCCUCCACCUCGUCCAACAGGGGUCAAAAUCAGCAAGCUAGUUUCUGGAAAGCUGUUUGGAAAGCUCAUGCUCUACCUCGGGUUAAGGAUGUAGUGUGGCGAGCUGUUGUGGGUAUUUUGCCGGUCCGCCAUGCCUUACGGAAGCGCGGGAUUGAGAUUGAAGAUGUGUGCCCCUUCUGCCAGGACAGCGCGGAAACAAGUGCCCGUGUGCUCUUCCAGUGCCCGAUAGUGGCACGUUGGUGGUAUGCAGCUCCCUUGAGCGUGCGGUUUCAACCAGCAGAGGAACCAGCAGAGUUUGUUAAGCAGAUUAUGGCCACUAAGGAUGAUGAGGUAAUUGCUAUGGGUUUCACUCUUAUUUAUGUUAUAUGGGAGCAUAGAAACAAGUCAGUUCAUGACUAUGUUCAGCCCUCCUUGGAUGCGGUUCUGCAACGUUUGGCUGCUCUGCUGUGCUAUGAUGAUGCGGCGGUUCUUCCUCACAUGGCAACCAGCACCGCUGAUCAACAACCAAUGGUGUGGAGAAGACCGGUAGGACAGUUUAUUAAGCUGAACUUUGAUGCUUCUUGGACUUUGGCCACAGGUGCAGGUAUGGGUAUGGUUGCGAGAAACUCACAUGGUGAGGUCAUGGCUGCAGCUACUAAUGGUCCUGUAGGCGCUCUUUCAUCUCUUGUUGCAGAGGCUAUGGCUUUCAGAUGGUGUAUUUCUUUGGCUCGAGAUCUUGGUUUUUUCCGGGUGGUGCUCGAAACGGAUUGCUUGCAACUGUUUGAGGCUUGGCAGCAGAACAAGCGUGGUGCUUCUUAUUUGUUUUCUGUUUUAAAUGACUGUAGGGCAAUGGUCUCAUUUUUUAUUAGCUUUCAUUUAUCUUUUGUUCGCCGCUCUGGCAACGCAGUAGCUGAUUCUUUGGCUAAGAGCUCCUCAAAAUUUUCCAACGUUGUUUGGAUUGAGGAAGUCCCGCCAGAGCUUGACCUUUUGGUGUCUUCAGAUGUUUUAGCCUCUAUGGCGCUUUAA